AUGUACUACCCAGAAGUCCGGCGAGAACGGCGAAUAAGGCAGGCCCUGCAGUCGGCACCUAAAGAGGAGUGUGACCCGCAGGCUGUGCAGUCAGAUCGUGUACUGGAGAUAUACGAGCGCAAUCCAGAUUUUGCGCGGAUGCACUCAUUGCCCCGUGACUUUGAUGAUGUCUGGACAGCGGGGCUGGCACAAGUGCGCAGUGUGCUUCCUAAUCGAAUUAUAGGCGAUCAUGGGGCGAUUCCGAUUUCAAGAAUCAGCGGAGAUGUCGACAUCAACGAUCUGAAGAAGAGAUUUGCCAACCCGGCCGCGGGUGAAGAGACUCUGCGCUAUACAUGGCUUCGUCUUCAGCCCAAAACACGUCUUUCUGUAUGGCCGCGUCUCAUACCGUGGAUACUGCGCAACUGUGCUGCCGAAACUGCUUGCAGAGUGCUUAUGGCAACCCAUCAAGAGCCGCGCCCUCCGAUCUACGCUAUGGCGGACGCAUUGGAAUUUGUAGCUAAGCAGUACAAUGAGCUCAAGGAUGAACGCACUGAGGAAGGCUUAGAUGCGUUGCUCAGCGCUUUUCACGAGCUCCUCGAAGGGGUGCGCGAGUUCCGCUUAACUGUGUCACAAAAUCUCAUCACCCGCCUGCUGUUCGUCUGCUCCGCUGAGCAAGCCAUAAAGCUGCAUGAAGCUUUGCUAGAAAAGGAAGUCGUUCUCAACUGGCAAAACUGCCUGCGAUUCGCAGUGUCAUUCGGAAAGCGCGGAGACUAUUUGCGUGGGCUAGACAUGCUUCAGCAAGCCAUAGACGUUGGAGCAGACGUGAACUGUGGUCCAUUCCUGGAGACCUGCACCACCAUCCUUCGAUUCAGUAUAAAACAAGAAAACGGCUAUCAGGCAAACACGCAAAUCGUUUCCCGCUUUCUCGAAAUGGGAGUCAAGCUCUCUAUCCACCAUUAUUCCAGCCUCAUGUUCAACGCCGUCGAAGCGGGCGAUUUCUCAACGGUGCUCCGCAUCUUCGACCUCCUCCAAGAAAACAACGUCGAGCCGAACUCGUUCAUUUACUGGGCACUCCUGAAAGGCUGCAUGGCGCAGUCCAACUCCGAGGCUGCUAGCAGGGUCCUCCGGUCCUGCAGCCACAAGAUCAGGGACUUCAAAAACCCAUAUCUCACCACCAACCUCCUGUACUGCUUCUAUCUCCAGCUCGUCGAGCGCUCCACCCCAAACCUCUUCGCCACCCUCGUCGACAUCUACCGCUCGCUCUUCUCCGGCGGGCCCCUCGUAGACCUCGGCCUCCUCUCCGCCCACUACUUUGCCGCGCCCUCACCCCACAACUCCGCCACCAUCCCUACUACUACCCCGGCCCUGGGCCUCAUGAUCCUCGCCUCCCUCCGCCACGCCGAAAAGCCCUCCCCGCAAGCCACAUACCGCCUGUACGUCUCCUACCGGCGCCUCGUCAAAGCGGGCCACGCGGCCAUCGCCCCGCUGGCUGAAACAGACCACACAUCCAACGCGUUCUUGAUGGCGUUCGCCCGGAGCGCCGAAUCGCUGUCCUGUUGCCCGCAGGUCAUAAAGGACAUGACCAUCGCCCUGCCGCCCGCUGCUAUCCACGUCGCGGAGCAGAGGCCGAUUCGUCAGGCGACGCCGACAACGCAGACAUGGACGAUUCUGCUGAACGGGUUUAUGCGGCAUCGGCAGACGCAGGCGGCGGAGAAGGUGCUACAGCUCAUGCGGAAGCGCGGGGCGGAGCUGAAUGUUGUUACGUGGAAUAGUCUUGUGGCAGGGUAUGCGGGGGCGCAAGAUGUGGAGGGCGCGGUGGGGGCGCUGAAGAGGAUGGAGGGGGAGGGGGUGCAGAUGGAUGGGUAUACGGUUGCGGCGUUGGGACAUUUGAGGGACAGGGGGAGGGUGGCGAAGGCGCUUGGGGUAGAGGGUAGAGGGGAGGACGCAGUUGGUGAUGUAGGCGCAGUUACGCGGGUGAAGAGUGGAGCUGCGGAGGGGGAAGCCGUGGAGCACGAGACAAGCGAGUUUGAGCAUGAGGCUUACCUUGCGCCGGCGGCCGGAUGA